AUGCCUAAGCAAAAUGUUCUGGCUAUCGGCAUUGACCUCGGAACCACCUUCUCCUGUGUGGCCGUCUGCCAGCAUGACAAAGUAGAGAUCAUUGCCAACGACCAAGGAAAGCGGACCACACCCAGCUACGUUGCAUUCACUAACACAGAACACUUGAUUGGGGACCCAGCCAAGAGCCAGGCCUCUCUGAACCCCCAGAACACGGUGUUCGAUGCCAAGCGGCUGAUUGGCCGGAAGUACGAGGAUGCCGCCGUGCAGGAGGACAUGAAACAUUGGCCAUUUACCGUGGUGAGCCACGAAGAGAAGCUAAAGGUCCAAGUCUCCCACAGAGGGAAGCCACGGACCUUCUACCCUGAGGAGAUCUCUGCCAUGGUCUUGGCCAAGAUGAAGCAGACAGCCGAGGCCUACCUGGGCUACCCCAUCUCCCAAGCCAUUGUUACAGUGCCUGCCUACUUCAACGAUGCCCAGCGGCAGGCCACCAUUGAUGCCGGAGUCAUUGCAGGCCUCCAGAUCCUAAAACUCUUGAAUGAGCCCACAGCUGCUGCCAUCGCCUAUGGCCUGGAUGCAAGGAACCAAGGGGCAGGCAGCCGAAACAUCCUCAUUUUUGACCUGGGUGGGGGCACCUUUGAUGUUUCCAUCCUUUCCGCAGAGGAUGGCAUCUUUGAAGUCAAGGCCACGGCAGGAGACACUCACUUGGGUGGGGAGGAUUUUGACAAGAGGCUGGUGGCUCACCUUGUGGAGGAGUUCAAGAAGAAGCACAGGAGAGACCUCCAUCAGGACAAGAAGGCUCUGCAGAGACUGAAAACUGCUGCUGAGCACGCCAAAUGCACCUUGAGUUCCUGCACCAGUGCCAGCAUCUCUGUUGAUUCUCUCUUUCAAGGGAUUGAUUUCCACAUGACCAUCACUAGGGCACGCUUUGAGGACCUGUGCUCUGACCUCUUCCGAGUCACCCUGAAGCCUCUAGAAAGGGCCUUGAAAGAUGCCAAGAUGAGCAAAGGUGACAUCAAGGACAUUGUGUUGGUCGGGGGCUCCACCCGCAUUCCCAAGAUCCAGAAGCUGCUGAGAGAGUUCUUCAAUGGCAAGGAGUUGAAUAAAGGCAUCAAUCCUGAUGAAGCUGUGGCCUACGGUGCAGCCAUCCAGGCCGCCAUCUUAACAGGCAACCGGACAACCAAGAUGCAGAAUAUGUUUCUUCUGGACGUCACCCCUUUGUCUCUGGGGAUCAAUACACAAGGAGGUGUCAUGGCAACCAUCAUUAAACGCAACUCACCUGUCCCUACAAAAGAGGUCAUGGAGUUCACCACGACGGAGGAUGACCAAGACACCAUCUUGUUUAUGGUAUAUGAAGGAGAGAGAGCCUUGACUAAGCACAACCACCUCUUGGGCAUGUUCACCCUGAAAGGCAUCCCCCCCGCCCCCUGUGGGGUCCCGGUCAUCCUGGUCACAUUCUCCAUUGAUGAGAACAACAUCCUGACCGUCUCAGCCAAGGAUGUGGAGACAGGGAACACCAGCCAUCUGAUGAUUGCAGACACUCGAGGCCGCUUGGGCAAGGAAGAGAUAGAAACAAUUGUGCAGAGGGCUGAAGAGUUCAGGGUGAAUGACGUUUGCCAGCAGGAGAAGAUAGAAGCCAUGAACUCCUUGGAGUCCUGCACUCUGGAGCUCAAGAGGGUCGCAGAAGAGCGACUCUUGGACAUGGCGGCAAAGAGGAGGAUGCUGGAAAUGUGUGAUGGGGCUACCUCCUGGCUGGAGGGGAACCCCUCGGCAGCGAAGGAGGAAUGCGAGCAGCGGCAGAAGGACCUGGAGGAGGUGUGGGACUCCAUCUACACCAGUCUCAGCCAAGGCGAGCCAGCGGAAGAGCGGGCAGAAGGAGACCCAGAGGCCACCAAGCCGAAGGAAGAAAUGGAAUGA